AUGAGCUCGACAAACUUCGCCGCUGCACAAGAGCGGGUUCUCGAGCGCCGGCGUCUUCGUCAGGCAGAAGCGCGUGCCCGCUUGGCCGAACAACAGCGGACAUCGCCAAUCAACUCUGCUACCGUUGAACGCCUUCCGUAUCCGCUCAAUCGACUACCAGGAGCGGGAUGGAUGACAUGGAAUUCUAUCAAAGGUCGGGAUGGUACGCGCCCGGCAUUUCGGGUUGGUCAGGUGGACGCCGAGCUGCUGGAUGAGGAGCUGCUAGGCCUGAUGAAGGGUCAGGUUGGGGAUGCUCUCAAAUAUUUUGGACCUCAAAUGAGGGAAGACUGGUCACAUGAGAUUCUAUUGGCGCUUCGCGCCAUCCUCUUCAAACUCUCCAUAUGGGAUCAUAAUGCGUCAUAUGGAGCGGCGCUGCAGGGUCUCCGAUACACUGAUAGCCGCAGCAAGGGACCUGUGCAUUCGGCUCCAACGAAAUGGCAGAAGUCCGCAUAUGGCCUGCUGACCGUGGGUGGUCGAUAUGCGUGGGAUAAAUGGGAGAGUUGGUUGAUUGGGCAGGAAGGUGGCUACGAAGAGCCGUCGCAGGAUAUUCGCAUGCUGUCCCGCUUGACAGACUUCAUCUCCACGUCGCACUCGAUUGCCGCCUUCGUUUCGUUCCUCGUAUUCUUGGUCAAUGGUCGCUACCGAACGUUAGUUGAUCGACUUCUCCGUAUUCGCCUCACACCACCCUCUGCCCAAGCCAGUCGAGAGGUCUCUUUUGAAUAUUUGAAUCGACAACUGGUCUGGCAUGCGUUUACCGAAUUCCUCCUGUUCUUGCUUCCUCUUGUUGGAAUUGGUCGCUGGAAACGCUGGAUAUCUCGCGCCUGGCGGAAGGCCGUUCAUGCCCUUAAGUCUGGUGGGAACGAAGAAGAGGCUACGGAGAAGCAAGGAGAGCUUGCUUUCCUCCCGGAACGGACUUGCGCCAUCUGUUAUCGCGAUCAGAAUCCCGCAGCGGCGACAGAAAGCGAUGUCAUCGCAGCGUCGGCGUCGGGUGGUAUCUCGGGCUCGGCACAAACAGACAUCACGAAUCCCUAUGAGACCAUUCCAUGCGGGUGUAUCUAUUGCUUUGUCUGCAUUGUGCAGAAAGUGGAGGCCGAAGAAGGCCAGGGCUGGGUCUGUCUCCGAUGUGGUGAGAUUGUCAAGAAGUGUCAACCGUGGAAUGGCGACGUGCUGGAAGAAGCGAGGUCGCUGCCCGGCACGGGCAAGAUUGUCGGGUUUGCCAUGGACGAAGAAGGGGACGAGCCCACUCAAACAGACCGAAUCAAGGAGAAUUCGAGCCCUCUAGAGGAAAUCUCCGCCGACGAAGCCUUACAGCAUUCAAACCAAUGGUCCAGCGAGGAGAAGCAAUCUUCAGAUGAAACUGCGACAGAAGAGGAUUCCGGCUACCACUCUGAGAACCAAUCCGAGCAUACGUGA